AUGUCCGACUUUCCCAAACACGACGAAGAGCAUGCCUUGCAAAACUUGGCACCAGACGCCACCACCAGCAAGCCCCAGCAUCGCAACCAUCGCUCGCGCAUCGCCUCCCGGCUCGCGCGAUGCAGCGCGUGGGUGGAAGGCCUCGCCGGCUUCGAGGCGCGCGGCAUCCGGCGCGUGGCGCCCGACGAGCGCCACGCCCCGUCGCUCUCCCACGAUGUGCAGGUGUUCCUGCUCUGGCUCAGCGCCAACCUGUCGCUCAACAACCUGGGCGCCGGCCUGCUCGGGCCGAUGCUGCUGGGGCUCGGCUUCCGCGACGCGGCCGCGUGCGCGGUGCUCGGCGCCUUCUUCGGUAGUCUUUCCACGGCGUACAUGUGCACCUUUGGCCCGCAAAGCGGCAACCGUACCAUGGUCGCGUUGCGUUUCCUCAUGGGAUAUUGGCCGGCAAAGAUUCCGUGCCUGCUCAACAUCAUCCUGAUGAUAGGGUACUGCACCAUCGACGCCAUCAUAGCGGGCCAGGUGCUGUCCGCGGUCAGCGGCAACGGCAUGAGCAUCGCCGUCGGCGUCGUGGUCAUAAGCGCCGUGUGCUGGAUGAUUGCCGCGUUUGGCAUGUACCCUUUCCAAAUCUACGAGCGAUACGCUUGGCUUCCCCAGGUUAUCGUCCUGGCCGUUCUGAUCGGCUGCGCGGGGCCGUACUUUGACGCUGCGGCGCCCAACACCGUUUCCGGCACGAAGCUGGCUGCCGCGCGUCUGACGUACUUCAGCCUGUGCUCGUACGUGCCCAACUCGUGGUCCGCCGCGGCGGCCGACUUUUACGUCUACUACCCUGAGCGGACACCACGGCGGCGGAUUUUCCUCCUGACGCUGGCCGGCCUCUGGAUCUCGUUCAGUCUCGUCUACAUGGUCGCCAUCGGGCUGGCCACCGGCACCGCGCACCGGCCGGCAUGGGCGCAGGCCAACGACAUCAGCACCGGCGCGCUGGUCGUCGCCGCCUUCGCGCCGCUCGGGGGCUUCGGCAGCGUGUGCUCCGUGGUCAUGGCCCUCGGCGUGGUGGCCAACAGCGUGCCCGGGACGUACUCCAGCAGUCUCGGGUGCCAGACCCUCGGGCGCUACGGCAAGGCGGUGCCGCGAUGGGUCUGGUCGUCCGUCUUGGUUUUGAUACAGCUGGUUCUCGGACUGGCGGGUCGCCGGAGCCUGUUCGACAUCUACUCCAACUUCGUGGCGCUGAUGGGCUACUGGAUCGAGUUCAUGGUGUGCAUCUGCCUGCAGGAGCAGCUCAUCUUCCGCCGCGGCCGGGGCUGGGACUGGGCGCAGUGGGAGAACAAGGCGUACCUCCCUCAGGGAUGGGCGGCGCUGGUCAGUUUCCUCGUCGGCUGGGUCGGGGCUGUCAUCGGCAUGUCGCAGGCGUGGUAUGUUGGGCCGGUGUCGAAGUUGGCCGACGGCGCGGAUUUGGGCAUGUGGAUUGGAUUCGGCAUGACUAUGGUAACCUUCCCACCGUUACGAUAUCUCGAGCUAAAACAUAUUGGAAGAUGA